GAGAAAACUCAUUUGUGUAUUCUGUGUUCUUGCCAGAGCCAAAGUAAUCAGCGAGAGGAGACGUCCUUUGUGGAGGAUUUGGGACAGAUCUGAAGCGCGAAUCCUGACACAUGGCAACUGCAGGGAAGGUGAUUAAAUGCAAGGCGGCCAUCAUCUGGGAAAUAGGUGAAACAAUUUCUGUUGAGGAGGUGGAGGUGGCACCCCCAAGAGCUCAUGAAAUUCGGGUCAAGAUUGUGGCCACUGGGAUCUGUCGGACAGAUGACCACGUAUUGCAAGGUUUUUUCCCUAACAUAAAGUACCCGGUGAUUGCAGGCCAUGAAGGAGCUGGCAUUGUUGAAAGUGUUGGACCAGAAGUCACUUGUGUAAAGCCAGGUGACAAAGUCAUUCCUCUUUGUGUUCCCCAGUGUGGAGAAUGUAGCUGCUGUUUGAGUCCCAAAACUAAUAGCUGCCUCAAGUCCCAUCUCUAUGAACCUUGUCAAAACCUGAUGCCAGACAAGACGAGCAGGUUCACCUGCAAAGGGAAAGUGAUUUAUCACUUCCUGUGGACGAGCACCUUCUCCGAAUACACUGUUGUUCCUGAUGCUGCCAUUGCAAAAAUUGAUGACAAUGCGCCUCUGGAAAAAGUCUGCCUCUUUGGUUGUGGGUUUCCUACUGGCUAUGGUGCUGCCAUCAAUAAUGCCAAGGUGGAGCCUGGUUCUACUUGUGCCGUCUUUGGUUUGGGAGGCGUUGGUCUGUCUGUUAUUAUGGGCUGCAAAGCAGUUGGAGCAUCCAGGAUUAUUGGGAUUGACAUCAACAAAGCUAAGUUUCCCAAGGCCAAAGAGUUAGGAGCCACUGAGUGCAUCUCUCCUCAAGAUUUCAAGAAGCCCAUUAAUGAGGUGCUUGUGGAGAUGACUGGUCUUGGUGUAGACUAUGCAUUUGAAGCAAUUGGAUUUAUUGAUACUCAGGUAGCUGCCUUUGCAUCUUGCAACUUGGGAUAUGGCACCUGUGUGCUGAUUGGAGAACCUCCGGCAGGAUCACAGCUCGCCUUGGAUCCCACACAGUUCAUCUCGGGGAAGAAACUGCUAGGGUGUAUGCUUGGAGGUUGGAAGUUAAAAGAUGCUCUUCCUAAACUGAUUUCUGAUUACAUGAAAAAGAAAUGUAAUAUUGAUGCAUUAAUAACUCACACACUGCCUUUUGAGAAAAUCAGUGAAGGGUUUGAGCUGCUACAUGCAGGGAAAUGUAUUCGCUGCGUCCUGCUGUUAUAAACUUUCGAAUGCAACCAACUAGUGGAGCAUCAGCUUAAUGGAGUUUCCUGCCUUGAAUCAUUUUUGGAGAGGCAGGCUACAAAUCUGUUCAAUAAAUACAUAAAAUAUCCCGCAGGUUCUUUGCAUAUCUCACCAUGUUCAACAACAGUGAAUACAGAAUUUCAACUAACACUGACAUUUGUCAGUAUUUAAACCGAGGUUUACAGCUAGUAGGAGCUUUGCGGCGUGGCUGGGAAUAUAAGGAAACCAUUUAAUUCCUAUAUAAACUGUAAUUAUGUAAGGUUGGUGGUGGGGAAGGAGGGGGAUGCUUGCAAGCCGUCCCUGAAACGAGCCAGCCUCCCGCUAGAAAGUUUUCCAUGCAGCUCACCACCACCUACGGCAGAGAACCCUUUGAAUUGGUUGAAAUGCACCAGAAUUAGGCAGUGUUCUUUUACCUGUUAUAUGUACUCGUCCCUAAUGGCCUUUGGCUUUUCAUUGACCUCUUCCAGGUUAGCUAUGAGUCCUAUUCAGACAUUAUGCGGUAUAUAGACUUCUGUACACUUAUACAUGUUUUUAUGUGAAUGACUGUAGAGAUGUGCACAAACAGCUUGUGCAUGGGCUGGCAGGGUGGGGAGCGGUUCCCUUAAAGAUCCGGUAAGGAGCACAUUACCUGCUCCUCCCUGCAGGGAGAAGCAGGUAAGGAGCUCCUUAAGGGAACCUUGCCCUGCCCCAUAAAGCUGGCUCGAAUGCUGGUGCCCCAGCUGGUUCGGCACUUCCCAGAAGAGGCUCGUGCACAUCCCUAAAUUACUGUACCUGCCUUCAUUUUUAAAACUGAACCUGGCUACAGGACCUUCAAAUGCAUGGCAUGGAUAGAAAUGUACUGCUGAACCUGUGUUCAGCAAAACAUUUGAAUAACUCUACCUGCAUACAAAUAUGUACCUGUUUACACUGUACAGUCAUUCUAUGAGUGUUGAAUGUAACAUGUGAAUAGGGCAUUCUACAAGUGUUGAGCAUAAUGUGUGAAUAGGGCUUUUCUCUCUGACCAAAUGAUGAAACUAGACAUAACAGCAGCAGACCUUUGUCUUCUCUAAGCAGUAAUUGCACCAGCAUUUGCUAGAACACAAACUAAUUUCCCUUUCUACUGCUGACACAAUUAGUUUUCUUUAUUUGUUUAAAUGUAUCAUUUUCACUGUGUAAAUAUAUCCUCAUGACCCCUC